GGCAGUUCUGUGGAGUCCGGGCCGAUGCGGCCCGUGGGCUCUGCCGUCCCUGGAGUCCGCGGAGCCGAGUCUCGGACGGGCCAGUGAGCGCUGGGAGUGCGCUGGCCUGGUCCAGCUGGGCCGGGCGUGAGGCGGCAAGGCCGCGCGAGCGGAGCCGGGCCGGGGAUGGGGUCGGGGCGGGGACCGGGAUCCUUGGGCAUCUCGUGUGGCCGGCAGACACUUCUGUAGCGCUUCUAGGUGCAGUGCUCCCAGGGCAAACACCUACCCUAGGACCUCGGCCAUGUUUUCAGAGCAAGCUUCAAAGAGGGCCCACACACUCUUGUCCCCCCCAUCAACGGAAUCCUCCACCUUUGCUCGCAUACCUGUGACAACGUACACCAACUCUUCCCAGCCUUUUCGUUUGGGGGAGCGAAGCUUCAGCCGGCAGUACGCCCACAUCUAUGCCACCCGCCUUAUUCAUAUGACGCCCCUCCUGGUGAACCGGGCUCGGCAGCGUUGGAGCAGUGAAGUAAGUGUAAGGAAGCUCUGUGAACUGCAGCCUGGGGAGAAAUGUUGUGUGGUGGGGACUCUCUUCAAGUCCAUGCAGCUGCAGCCUUCCAUCCUUCGGGAAAUCAGUGAAGAGCAUAAUUUACUGCCCCAGCCUCCUCGGAGCAAAUAUAUUCACCCAGACGAUGAGCUGAUUCUGGAAGAUGAGUUACAACGCAUCAAACUGGAAGGCACUAUUGAUGUGUCCAGAUUGGUAACAGGAAUAGUGCUGGCAGUGUUGGGCUCUGUGCAAGAUGAUGGCAAGUUCCUGGUGGAGGAUCAUUGCUUCGCAGACCUGCCACCCCAGAAACCUAUGACAGUACCUGAUGCAGACAGGUUUGUGCUGCUGGUAUCUGGACUGGGCCUGGGUGGAUGCAGUGGUGAGAGCCUGCUGGGGACCCAGUUGAUGGUGGAUGUAGUGACAGGACAGCUAGGCGAUGAAGGAGAACAGAGCAGCGCCGCCCGCAUCUCUCGUGUCAUUCUUGCUGGGAACUUACUCAGUCAGAACACCCAGAGCAGAGACUCCAUCAGUAAGGCUAAAUACCUAACUAAGAAAACACAGGCAGCUAGUGUGGAAGCCAUCAAGAUGCUGGAUGAGAUCCUACUACAACUAAGUGCCUCAGUGCCUGUGGAUGUGAUGCCUGGUGAAUUUGACCCAACAAACUACACGCUACCUCAACAGCCACUUCAUCCUUGCAUGUUCCCACUGGCUUCCUAUUCCACACUGCAGCUGGUCACCAACCCCUACCAGGCCACCAUUGAUGGAGUCAGGUUCCUGGGGACAUCAGGACAGAAUGUGAGUGACAUUUUCCGGUACAGCAGUAUGGAGGAUCAUCUGGAGAUCCUAGAAUGGACCCUACGGGUGGGCCACAUCAGCCCCACUGCACCUGACACUCUUGGAUGUUACCCCUUCUACAAAACAGACCCAUUCAUCUUCCCUGAGUGCCCCCAUGUCUACUUCUGCGGCAACACUCCUAAUUUCCGCUCCAAAAUUAUCAGAGGACCUGAGGAGCAAACUGUCCUGCUGGUUGCCGUUCCCAACUUCAGCACCACCCAGACUGCCUGCCUGGUGAACCUUCGAAACCUAGCCUGUCAGCCCAUCAGCUUCUCUGGCUUCAGCGCUGAGGAUGAUGAUGACCUGGGAGGAGGCCUGGACAUGGGGUCCUGAGCUGGGAAGAUGGAAACUGAAUUCACAGAUGAGCUGUGACAGUGAUGUCACUUAGACUGAACUACACAUAGAGAGAAGACCUGCAUGAUGCCAGGGAACUCAUGUAAAGGUAGGGCCCGGAGCUAAAAGGUCAUCAGGUUCUUUCAUGCCAAUGAAUCUAGUAUGUUUCAGGAUUUUGGCAGCUUGUAACUUUGUAAAUAAAACUUGGAAGAUUUGCUUCCUGUCUAUUA